AUGGACGAGCUUCCGAUUCAGAAGAUUCAGAUCGCUGGGCCCACAUUAGCCUCCUUACUCCACCGCUUCUCCUCUUCUCCGGGGUCCAUUCACGGGUUUCUCUUUGGCCACGUCAUCGUCUCCAAGUCAUCUGCCCUCUCCGACGAUCCUUCCUCAUCCACCGGCGCCCCCUCAUCCGGCUACCCUACCACUGCCAUCGGCGACGAUACGCCGCCGCUAUUGCUUACCGCCACCAUCACUUCCUUCAUCUCCGUUCCCUCCCACCUUCGCUUCCCCGAUCCACCACCUCCUGCCACGAACGCCUCCGUCAUUGGUUGGUUCUCCGGCCGCCGGAGAACUCCACUCCGACCAUCCCUAAACGAUUCAACCACUACCCACAAUCUCUCGUCCAAUAGCACUCUCUUCUACACCCCACAAAAUCAAGAUAGUCACUUCUCAGGUCGGACCCUAACCCUUUCUCCUUCUCUUUUCCUCCUCCUAACGACGCCGUUGCAGGACCAACUUAUCCACACUCACGAGUACAAAGCCUUCCAGUACCGGAUUUCCACCGAUUGCUUUGAACCCAAGAGUUUGAGCAUCAUCAAUGUUGGCCCUUCUUUCAGAUCCCAUUAUGACUCUUUUAGCCCCAAUGCAUCGUUUCCCUUCUUACCCUUCGAGUUGAGAACUAGCUGCUCCUCCUCCUCCUCCUCUAAUGCUGACAUGGCAGAGGAUGAAAAGAGUGAAACCUUAGGGUUUUUGAAGAAGGAAAAGGAAGGACAGAAGCAGUUGGAUUUGUUUGCUGAAGGUUUUGAAAUUGGGAGGUUGAAUCGAUUAAUGGGCACUCAGGCUGCUAAUUACACCUCUGAAUUGGAUGAUUUGUAUCAUAAAAUGCUCGCCAAGCUCGAUGGGUUGACCAAUUUGGUGGAGUUGAGCUCAGCUAAGGUUGUUGAGCAGGAAAAUCACAAUAUGAAGUUGAGGCUUAAGGUUGCCGGAUUGGAAUAA